UCAUUUCUGGAGAAGUUGGUCAUUUCGAGUUGUCUGGGCUGGAUGGAAUAUGUUCUAGAGUAGUGAAGGAAUUGGCUAAGGAAAUUUCAGAAUUUUGGCUAUCAUCUUUUGAGAACCUAUGGAGGGUUGAGUGGGGUCCCAGAUGACUGAAAAAGGGGCAACUCCAGUGUCCAUCUUUAAGAAAGGGAAGAAUGAGAGUCUGAGGAAUUGUAGACCAGUUAGUCUGACCUGGAAAGAUUAUGGAUCAGGCCAUCAAGGAGUGUAUUUCUAAACACCUGGAGGAGAACAACGUGUUCAGGAGCAGCUAAAAUGUAAGUGCAAGAUCAAAUUGCAAAAGCAAGUCAUGUCUGAUUAACUUGAUUUCCUUCUCAGCAGAAUGCCAGCCUCUGUGGACAGCAGUGGAUGUGAUGCAUCUUGACUUUAGCAGGCCUUUUGAUCCAUCUUCCAUGAUGUUCUCAUUACAAAACUAAAGAAAUAUAGUACAACAUAAUGAACACAGAUUUGUUUACCUGCAGUAUAAGCCUAGUUUUUCUCUUUUUAGUCAAGACAGAGGAAUGCCAAAUAUAUGACUCAAGUGAUGAACUGCUUAACCAAAGUUCAGUAUUUGUACUGACAGGGCAGCCUCUUGCUACUGAUUGUUUAUUGGGUAAUGUAUUGAAACUUCAGCAGCUGAAAAAGAACCUGACUUGGUACAGAAGUGGAGAAAAAAUGCCUGUGACUAAAAAUAAACAUUCCAGAGUACAUCAGGAAGGGAAUGUCCUUUGGUUUAUGCCUGCAACUUUAGAAGACUCUGGAUCCUAUGAAUGUAUUGUACAGAAUGUAACGAGCUGCAACAAAAUAUAUUUAAAUAUAAACGUUUUCAAAACUGCUAAUGGUUUGUGUUACAAUAAGAAAUUUUCCUAUACUCAAUAUAUACUAAAGUCAUCAACUACAAGCAUUGUGUGUCCUGAUUUCUACUACUUCAGAGAUAAAAAUAUUUGGCCUGUGCACUGGUUUAAGGAAUGUAACCUAUUUGAAGACAAAAGAUUUCUACCUCAGAGAGAUCAACUUAUAAUAACCAAUGUGAGUGGAAAAGAUGCAGGAAAUUACUUAUGUCAAGCAACAUAUAAUUAUAUGGGAAAACAAUACAAUGUUUCACGAAACAUUUAUGUAACUGUUGUAGAGAACCCAGCAAAGAAGAAAACUGAGAUUCUUUAUCCAAGAAACAAUACAAUUGACGUUAAACUUGGGUCCAGUCUCAUCAUAGAAUGCAAUGUAUCACAUUUCAAAGAUUAUUCAAUUGCUAUAUCCUGGAAAUUCAAUAAUUCUUUAGUCAAUUAUUUUUUUAAUGAAAGAAUAAGAGAGGAAUAUCAAGAAGACACUUUAUUUGCGGACCGCGUGCUCUCUAUUCUGAGGCUGAACAUUACAGAAGUGAAGCAUGAAGAUUAUGGACACCACUUUGUGUGUCGUGCUGGCAAAGUUGCAGCAUACAUUGUAUUACAAAGGCCAGCUCGAAAUAUUCAAGGAUACUUGAUUGGCGGAUUCCUUUCGUUGGUGUUUCUAAUAGUUGUUGCCAUAUUAAUCUACAAGCUUUUAAAAAUUGACAUUGUGCUUUGGUAUCGAAAGUCCUGUGGUCCUUUUCUGAAUAAAGAAGUUUCAGAUGGGAAGAUAUAUGAUGCAUAUGUGUUGUAUCCAAAAUCCAACAAAGUCACCUGCAGCUACGUAACAGAUAGCUUUGUGCUCAGGGUGCUUCCUGAGGUCUUAGAGAGACAAUGUGGAUAUACACUUUUUAUAUUUGGAAGAGAUGAUUUACCAGGAAAAGCUGUGGUCAACAUUGUUGAUGAAACAAUUAAAGAAAGCAGAAGACUGAUCAUUGUUUUAGAACCAAAAACAUCAAGCUACCAUUUGUUAGAAGACUCUCCUGAAGAACAGCUAGUUUUGUACAAUGCUCUUAUCCGAGAUGGAAUUAAAGUAAUUUUGAUUGAGCUAGCUAAAACAAUAGACUACACAAACAUGCCAGAAUCAAUCAAAUACAUUAAGCAAAAGCAUGGAGCUAUCCAAUGGGAAGGAGACAUUACACAAAAAUCAUACUUAACAAAUACAAGAUUUUGGAAAAAGGUGCAAUACCGAAUGCCACCUACAUAUUCUGCUUCUUCAGAACUACCUUUGCAACCAGUCACCUCGAACACACCUUUCAGACAAGACAAAGAUGAGGCAUGUCAUUUUAAUGAUUCUGGGUAGCACAUUUUCUUUCGAUGGACUGUGUCGGAAUUUCUCAUGCAUUGUAAAAGUGCCAUUUCACUGGAAACCUUUGAGGAUUAAAGACUUAAGAAUGUUUUUGUUUUCAGUGCUUAA